AGCGCAGAUCUUCUGCUCUCGGUCCCAGGAAUCGGAGCGGCUCCCCCUCGGCGGCGUCCAGCGACGGAGGGGCAGUCCCAGGCUCGGCGGCGGCGGCGGCGGCUCCUCCUCCCGCCUCUCGCCAGUCGCCUCGCGCCCUCGCCUCCGUCCUCCGCGCACCGGCCGGCGACCCUGCGGAAGCAAUGGAGUGGUGGGGUGCUGAUGUUCUGUGCUACUUCCGAACCUGAAAGGAGCUUCUUGCAAUGGCGCCAGGAAGCAGCAUUGUGACUGUAGUCCCCGAGUCGGACUGUGGUGAUGACGAUGGGCUUUCUGAGGCACUUGGGGGUAUCCGGCUUGACGUAGACUCUGCAAGUAAACCAUGGUCUACAUCACUAGCCAAUGUUGCAUUAUCAUCACUGUCUGGCUUGAAUGAUUUGCUCGAAUGUCCAGUGUGUACCAACUCAAUGCGCCCACCUAUACUCCAGUGCCCAAAUGGCCACACAAUCUGCUCUAGUUGCAAGCACAGGGUGGAGAACCAUUGCCCAACUUGUCGCCAGGAACUGGGAAACAUCAGGUGCUUAGCUCUUGAGAAGGUGGCAGAACAACUCCAGCUUCCAUGCAAAUACCAGAGUAUGGGAUGCACUGAGAUUCACCCAUACAAGAACAAACUCAAGCACGAGGAGCUCUGCAGGUUCAGGCCGUACAACUGUCCGUACGCAGGUUCAGAGUGUCUGAUCACAGGUGAUGUUCCGUUUCUGGUGUCUCAUCUCAUCAAUGACCAUAAGGUGGACUUGCAUGAGGGCUGCACGUUUAACCACCGAUAUGUGAAGCCCAACCCUUACGAAGUGGAAAAUGCUACAUGGAUGCUCACUGUUUUCAAGUGUUUUGGGCAGCACUUCUGCCUGCACUUUGAGGCGUUCCUGCUGGGGAUGGCGCCGGUGUACAUGGCGUUUCUGCGGUUCAUGGGUGAGGAGAGCGAGGCGCAGGGGUUCGGGUACAGCCUAGAGGUGGGUGGGGGCGGGCGGAAGCUGACAUGGCAGGGCACGCCGCGGAGCAUCAGGGACAGCCACCGGAAGGUGCGGGACAGCUUCGACGGGCUCAUCAUCCACAGGAACAUGGCACUCUUCUUCUCAGGCGGCGGUAGGCAGGAGCUCAAGCUGCGGGUCACUGGCCGCAUCUGGAAGGAGCAAGGGCAAUGAAAAGCAUCGCAAUCCCGUUCUCCCGUCCCUGGUGGCGCACCGUGCUCAUCCGGGGGCCGCUUCUGCUGAUCUGCUCCUCGCCAUGGUUUUAGUCCCAUUCCGUGUUCGUCCUGUGCAUUUGAUGUAUGUACAAAUAUUUUGGAUACGUUGUAGCCUAGACUAGACUGUCUCCAGACCUCAUUAACACGUGGGGAAAGCCCCGGCAAAACCUGUCAGUCUGACAUGUGCUCAUGUUGAUGCCUUUUGCCUUGUCUGGUUGUCCCUGCAAGGUAGGCGUUCUUGUUAUCAAGUGUUGAUACCUGUGCUACGGUUUUGUACCCCCAGUAUCGAGAGUUGUGGAGAGAAAAACAUCAUUCCGUGGGCCAAAA